AAAAGCCGUUGCUGUAGCAAUUUAAGCAGCUCUCUCAGUAUGAGCUACCACUGACAUAAACCGUGAUUUAAAGUGACAUGUCAUUCUGGUGGGAAAUGCUGCAUCUAUCUAUUUAAAGCAGCUCAUUCUGCCAGGAGAGCUUCCUCAGGACACAGACACUGACUCACAGACAGAUCUCACUGUUUGAGGAGGAGACACCAGCUCCUGCAGCAGAUGAGCAAACAGCUGGUAGAGGACUGUGCCUGUGUACCAAGACUAUCCUCCUAAAUCUUCCAUUAGCUCCAGGACUCCUCACUAACACCAGCACCCAAAAUGAGCAUGCAACUUGAAUUGAAGAAUGUGGAUCUGCGUGCAGGAGAUCAGCUGAAAUUGAAGGGAGUAAUUAUGCAUGAUGCUGAGAGAUUCCAGAUCGACCUCGGCUGUGAUGCAGACGACCUGGCGCUGCACUUCAACCCUCGUUUCCAUGAUGACGCUGAUGGAGCUGUGCUCGUGUGCAACUCAAAGACUGCUGGUUGUUGGGGCGAUGAGAAACGGGAAAUACACAACCCCUUACAGAGGGGCGCAGAUGUCAAGAUUGUAUUGAAGUUGGCUGGAGACAUGUUUGAGGUGGAGCUUCCUGAUGGACAGGAAGUCCAGUUUCCCAACCGUGUUUGCAUGGACGUCAUCAGCUACAUCAGAGUCACAGGAGAUUUCAAACUGACCUCCUUCAAGAUCUGCUAAGAGAGGCAGCUGCUGUAACACAGUUUGGUUAAAGAUGAGACUUUGAUUCAGUUAUUGUAAGAAAUAUUAAUCAUUAAGAGCUAUAGCUCUUCAGGAAAAUCUGUAUCUGUAUUUAAGAAUGUCCUCAUGUUCACAAGAAUAUAAAAUGUUUCAGUUCAAAUUA